AUGGAACUAAUGAGUUCAGUGUUAUUCUGUACGCUAGCAGUGCUUAUGCCGCAAGCGUUAGGUAAUUUGGAUGUUCAAACAUUAUAUGAUAACGCAUUUAAUAAUUCUACGUUUAUUAAAUCUUUAUUACAAAAAAAUACUGUGUUCGAUUUGAUUAAAGUCUCUUCAAAGUCUAAAUUGAGUGAUGUACAAAAUCUUUUCGAAGGUCCCAUUUGUAAAAGUUGUUAUAAUUGCAUGGAGCGGGCAAUUAAAUCACAUAGUAUGCUAAACAUGCAAAUUCAAGGGAAUCAUCAAAAUCCAUUGGAUUUAAAAGAUGAUAAGAUACGAGAUAAGAGAAACGCUAUUGCAGUUAAUACUCAAAGUAAUUUAGAUAAGAAAUCAAAAAAAAUAAAGUAUAAAAAAAACAAAUCAGUAUCAAUUAUUAAAUAUAAUAAUAAUGAUAAAGUAUAUGCAUUAAAAGUGAAAGAAACAAAUACUAAGUUUGAUGUCCAAAAUGCAAAUAAUUCCAUAACAACUUGUCAAGUUUAUAGCAUUCAAAAGCAUUUUCCUUGCGAAUCACCGGAUGCUGAUUUAAUUUUAACAGCUACGAAGAGAAAAAUAAAUAAGAAUAAUAAGAAGGAACGAAAUAAAAGACAAAAGAAUGUGUCCAAUAAGAAAACGACAGUAAUUGCACCGACAUUUAGGAAACGCCAAAUCGACAGUUCUCAACUUCCUGAACAAAUAAUGCCUUCUAUAGAAGAAAUGUAU